GGAUAUCCACAAAACAAAUCCCACAUGUGCUGCUUACCCUGCCCUGACGAGGACCCCGAUCGGGAAGAAAAGGAAACGAGGCCGCUACACACCAAGCAGAAACAAAUCAAACACCCCCGCCUCCGUCUCCAGAUCCCACCGAGCCUGUCAUGGCCGCCGCUGCCUCCUGCGGCAUGCGGGCCUGCCGCCGCCCCUGCUAAUAUAUUCAUUGCCGUGCCGAACCGAGCAGGGCAGAGCAGAUCAGUACUACGGCAAAGCGUAUCUUCCCUCGUCGAGAGAGCGAAAGGCACCGGUAGUGCCGUAGUGGGAGGCUGGGAGCACCAUGGAUUGGGGUGCUCCGGCAUUGAUGAGCUCCGCAGCCGGCCCGUCCCACCGGGACCUCUGCUGCUACGGGGCCGGAAUCGCAGGGAACGUCUUCGCAUUCGUGCUCUUCAUCUCCCCACUGCCAACAUUCAGGCGGAUCGUUCGGAAUGGAUCCACGGAGCAGUUCUCGGCCAUGCCAUACAUUUACUCGCUGCUCAACUGCCUCAUCUGCAUGUGGUACGGCCUCCCCUUCGUCUCCUACGGGGUCGUCCUCGUCGUCACCGUCAACUCCAUCGGCGCCGCCUUCCAGCUCGCCUACACAGCCGUAUUCAUCGCCUUUGCCAACGCAAAGGAGAGGUUGAAGGUCUCUGGUCUCCUGGCUGCCGUCUUUGUGGUCUUUGGCAUGAUCAUGUAUGUUAGUUUGGCGUUGCUUGAUCACAAUACACGGCAGACAUUCGUUGGAUAUCUCAGCGUUGCAUCCCUCAUAUUCAUGUUUGCGUCCCCCUUGUCGAUCAUUAAUCUAGUCAUCAGGACAAAGAGUGUGGAGUACAUGCCCUUCUAUUUGUCAUUAUCUAUGUUCCUGAUGAGUGUAUCGUUCUUCGUAUACGGGGUGCUUCUGCAUGAUUUCUUCAUAUAUAUUCCAAAUGGGAUUGGAACCAUAUUGGGUAUCAUACAGCUGUUGUUGUAUGCCUACUUCAGAAAAGGAUCAAGAGGGGAAGCCAGGCUGCCAUUGCUAGUUACACACACAUGAGCAUACCAAAGAACAAGGUUCAUUGUCGAAGUUGUUGAAACUCUUCAGGCGUGCACAGUCGUUGCUGUAUUCUGCUUUUGUAUGCCUGUCAGUGCCUAAUGGGCGGCCUAUCUGAAGAUGGAGUUCAGGCGUCACAUUGAUGGAGUCCAGGCCGAGGUUAUCUGAAGAUAGAAGACACCAAUUGCCGUGGUUGUCCAAGUCAUUUGGUUUCUGUUAAAAGUACGCUGUUUUUUUGUUACGUGUACAAACAACACGAGUCCAUAGUUUUGCUGUAUAUUCCACAAGGUAGAUGCUACAAAUUGUUGGAGUCAUUUGUUUAAAUAUAUAUACACAUAAAGUGAAUGAGGUUUUGUACAGCAUUGUUGCGUGGAAUUCAUCAAUGGAUGGAGCCUCUUGUAUACACUAAAAAACAGGAGAUGCUAAUAAAAGAUUGUUUCGUCA